GCAGCCAGCAGCCAACAGCUUUGUGCUGCUUUCUCCUGCUGCUCCAGGCCUGGAAGUCAGAAACCAACCCCUACCCAGCUGCUGCUACUGGUGGCGCCCCAGGGUUUAGUAACUCACCCCUGGAGCCAGGAGCGCGUCGGGCUCGGAGCUGCCGCGGCGUGUGGAGGGAGCUGCGUGCGGGAAACGUGCUGCAGGGACUUUGAGGCCGGUGUGAGGCGGGAGAUGGAGCCCGACAACGCGCAAACCACAAAUCAGACACAAACAGAAUCUUUGUCUCCAUCCCCCAACACUGUGUCACCUGUGCCUUUAAAUAACCCAACGAGUGCCCCAAGAUUUGGAACAGUUAUUCCUAAUCGCAUCUUUGUAGGAGGAAUCGAUUUUAAGCACAGUACUGUAGGUAACAAACAUCUCCAUAUAUUAACUAACGAAAAUGACCUAAGGAAGUUUUUUGCCCAGUAUGGGUGUGUGAAAGAAGUGAAGAUAGUAAAUGACAGAGCUGGAGUAUCAAAGGGUGCACCCCUUGGUAACACGCAGAAUUCCUUCCCUGAACUGAUCCAUAAGGCAUUUCCUCUAUCCUCCAAAUCUCUGCUUCAGUUCUACUUCAGCCUUGAUACCUAAAAGAAGCUAGCUGACUAAUAUUAAUAGGUGGAGGGGUAGCUGAAGAGUAUAUAUUUUGCUUACCUGCUUUAAUCCAUUCCUCUCCCUCAAAGUUUUUAUGUUGCUUUUUUUCUUAGACUGGAAGCUCUUUAUGGCAGGGACUGUAUCUUCCUUGGUGUGUAAUCAUCACCUAGCACAUUAAUGUUACCAGAAUGCCAAUAAUAAAUAACAAACAUGAAAUGUGGAUGAGGAAAGUUUGCUGUAGAAACCUUACAUUUUGAAUUAACUUACUUAUCUGUUUUAAGCCGGUAGGUUGAUUUAGCAGCAAUAAAACUGCUAUAACAAACAA